AACUGCCCAAUCUGGGUAAGUGCAAAAACCUUUCAAAGGGUUUUCGGGGAUUAGGAGAGGCAGAGCGAUGGGGGAGGGGAGGUGAGCAGCUAUUCCAGAGCCACACAAAUAAUUUCUGGCUCAGGAGAGACCGUUUUGAACUUUCUUUCCUGGGUCCCAUUACACGGGUGUUUACUGGAGGGGAAACUAGGACGAGCUUGGCCCUCGGAUUCUGACUGGUUAGUGGAAGAAGUGGGGUCCGUUUUAGUGACUCUCUGAAAAAGCCCAGCAAGAUGUCAGACCUGGUCGCAAUCUUCCUCCACCUCCUUCUCUUCAAGUUGGUUGCCCCGGUGACCUUUCGCCACCACCGCUAUGAUGACCUCGUGCGAAUGCUGUACAAGGUGCACAACGAAUGCCCCUAUAUCACUCGGGUUUACAGCAUCGGGCGCAGCGUGAAGGGGAGACACCUCUACGUGCUGGAAUUCAGUGACUACCCUGGAAACCACGAGCCCUUGGAACCAGAAGUCAAGUAUGUGGGGAACAUGCACGGCAAUGAGGUGCUGGGCCGCGAGCUGCUGCUGCAGCUGUCGGAGUUCCUGUGUGAGGAGUUCCGAAACGGGAACCAGCGGAUCAUCCAGCUGGUGGAGAGCACGCGCAUUCACAUCCUGCCGUCCAUGAACCCUGAUGGCUACGAGGUGGCCGCUGCCCAGGGCCGGAAUAUCUCUGGGUACCUGAUUGGCAGAAACAAUGCAAAUGGAGUGGACCUGAACCGCAACUUCCCCGAUCUCAAUACCUACAUCUACUACAAUGAGAAGAACGGAGGUCCCAACCACCACUUGCCCCUUCCAGACAACUGGAAAAGUCAGGUGGAACCUGAGACCCAGGCUGUGAUCCAGUGGAUCCGCUCCUUCAACUUUGUCCUUUCAGCCAAUCUCCAUGGAGGGGCAGUAGUGGCCAAUUACCCAUAUGACAAGUCCCUUGAGCACCGGGUCCGAGGUUUCCGCCACCCUACCACUACCCCCACGCCUGAUGACAAGCUUUUCCAGAAGCUGGCCAAGGUCUACUCCUAUGCACAUGGAUGGAUGCACCAAGGUUGGAACUGUGGGGAUUACUUCCCAGAUGGCAUCACCAACGGGGCUUCCUGGUACUCUCUCAGCAAGGGAAUGCAAGACUUUAAUUAUCUCCAUACCAACUGUUUUGAGAUCACGCUGGAACUGAGUUGUGACAAGUUCCCACCACAAGAGGAAUUACAGCGCGAGUGGCUGGGCAAUCGGGAAGCCCUGAUCCAGUUCUUAGAACAGGUACACCAGGGCAUCAAGGGAAUGGUGCUGGAUGAGAAUUAUAAUAAUCUUGCAGACGCAGUCAUUUCUGUCAGUGGAAUAAACCACGAUGUCACUUCAGGUGCCCAAGGCGAUUACUUCCGGCUGCUGCUUCCAGGUACCUACACUGUCACUGCCACAGCACCUGGGUUUGACCCAGAGACAGUGAGUGUGACCGUGGGUCCUGGGGAACCCAAACUGGUUAACUUCCAACUCAAGAGAAGCACCCCUCCAGCAGCCCCUAAGAAAAGAGUUCCCAACUCAGGGCAGAGAGUCAGGGUCUUACCAAAGAAAGUACAGCCCCGAGCAGCUAGGAAAAAAGAAAUGAAGAAGAAGCAGACCCAGAGAGCUCCUGCCUGAAAGCCACAGUGCCCAGGACAACACUUUAGAUAGGCUUUGUUCUGCUCUUCCAUCAGAUGAAGCAUUUAUUUUAUUAUCGAAAACAUAUUUAAAUAUAAACAUAUUCAGAACAGC